CGCGCUGUGGGCUCUGCUUGAUCUGUUGUUUGCGCAACAAUCACAUUUUUCUUUUAAGCGACAGGGUGUCUAGACACACACGUGACCGGGCGCGUCAAUGCGCACUGGAGACGGAGCAAGGGCACCCAAACCAUCCGCCUCAUUUACAGACAGAGAGCCUUUUACCCCCCUCGAGAUCACUCGCCGACUCGCUUUUUCUUCCACAACACAGACACGAAAAACUUCGUGUGAGAUACGAGUUUCGGAUUAUUUGAUUUUUUCUUUUUUUCUUUCUGAGGGUAUUCGGCUUUACUAAAAUAGGUUACGAGGCUCGGUUGCGUGGACGUAACCCGAGGGUCUCUCUCUCUCUCUCUCUCUCUCUGACUCUGCCUCUCUCUCUCUCUCUCUCUUUGCUUUCAAACGCAACUCAACUCGGGUGAGAGAUUCAGUCCUGGAUUUGCUCCCUGGCUCUUUGGACGAGGUUCAUUCUUGCCAGCAGACCACAUCCUCUGCAGACGAGUGGCAUAUUUAGACGAUAACCGAUAUAUAUAUAUAUAAAUAUAAAACAAGCCUCCGCACAAGCUUGCUGGAGAGCCCUACUCUGUGCAGUCGGAUCAAGGAUUUUGUGGAUUAAUGCUCUUGAAGACACAGCGACACAGCUUCGGUUUUUCCAUGGGAUAAUUGUGAAAGCUUUUCGGCUUAAUUAGGCCCCCAGUUUGUCUCAUUUCUACUACAGCUCAUGCGCGUACAUAGAAAUAUGUUUUGACUGUUUAUAUGCUGAAAAUCGGACACGGAGCGUGUUUUUUUUUUUUUUUUUAAGGGGGUCAGUUCACGGCGCUAGGCUCGCACAUCACCAAGUGAAUAAUUGGAGCACAUUGAGGCUACAUGCCGCUGAUUUCCACUGCCGUUAUAGAGGUUUAUAAGCUGUGAGAUUCAUUAUCAUAGGCUCCGUCUUAAACGCCUGGAGGUGAUGGUUAUUUAUCCCCGGGGGACAAGCUGACUGUCCCGUGAUCCUCCACUGCUUUUCGUUGAUCAAGUCUGCAGGAGACAGCAUCAGAGACUGGCGUAUGCUACAGAUUUCCUCUGCUUCUCCAGCUCCCAGUUUUUCCACCGUAUAUUCUCAGGCUGCUUGUCAUUGCCUGGACUCGGAUCCCGGAAUCUUCAUGAUUUGCGGACACCAUGCUCGUUUUUUAGCCGGGGAACCCUCUUUUCGUCCCGCAUGUUUAGGACCAAACGAUCGGGGCUCGUCCGGCGACUCUGGAGGAGCCGUGCGCCCGUGGAGGGCGACGGGGAGGCGGAUAGAGGGACGCAUGGCUCCGGGGGCUGCUGCAUGGGCAAAACGACAAAGGUGGCCAAGUCCAACGCCGGGUCGGAGGCUGAAUUGAAGGCGUUGACCCACUCGAUACUGAAAAAGAUCAAAGAGAAACAAUUAGAGGUGCUUUUGCAAGCGGUGGAGUCCAAGGGGGGUGCCCGAAGCCCCUGCUUGCUCUUACCCAGCAAAGUGGACGCCAAAGUGGGUCAACAGUCUUACUCUCUCCCCAUGCUGCUCUACAAAGUGUUCAGGUGGCCGGACCUCAGGCAUUCCUCGGAGCUGAAGAGGCUGUCUUGCUGUGAAUCCUACGGGAAAAUCAACCCAGAGCUCGUUUGCUGCAACCCGCACCACAUGAGCAGACUUUGUGAACUCGAGUCCCCUCCUCCUCCAUAUUCGCGCUAUCCCAUGGACUAUCUUAAACCACCAGAUUCUCCAGACUCUGGACCUUCAUCCAGUGAUACUGGGGGAACGACAUAUUCAGCCCCUGUGGGGCUUUCAGAUUCCCUGGCGUUGCAGGAGUCUGGCGAUCGGGCCCAUUGGUGCGUGGUGGCAUACUGGGAGGAGAAGACACGCGUUGGGCGCCUCUACUCAGUCCAGGAGCCCUCUCUGGACAUCUUCUAUGAUCUACCUCAGGGGAACGGCUUCUGCCUCGGCCAGCUCUGUUCUGACAACAAGUCCCAGCUGGUGCAGAUGGUGCGGGCCAAGAUUGGCUAUGGCAUCCAGCUGACGCGUGAGCCAGACGGGGUGUGGGUCUACAACCGCAGCUGCUACCCCAUCUUCAUUAAGUCGGCCACACUGGACAACCCAGACUCACGCACGCUGCUGGUGCACAAGGUGUUCCCCGGUUUCUCCAUCAAAGCUUUUGACUAUGACAAGGCCGGCAGCCUGCAGAGGCCGAACGACCACGAGUUCACACAGCAGCCUCGCACAGGCUUCACGGUGCAGAUAAGCUUUGUGAAAGGCUGGGGACAGUGCUACACCAGACAGUUCAUCAGUAGCUGCCCAUGCUGGUUGGAAGUCAUUUUCAACACCCGAUAGCAGCAGCCUUCCUCUUCUUCACCCACCUCGCCUCUUUUGCCCUUCACAAACAGACUACACCCACUUUUCCUUUUUUUUUUUUGUUCCAGAGGUUCAAACAGAGAAAAAAGAACGUUUUAAAAGAAGAAGAAAGUAUAAGAUUCUGAUGGACUUUGUUUAAUAAAUGACUAAGAUUUAAUUAAAUAAAAUAAGAAGCGAAAA